UUGCCUUAUCAGAGGCAGCGCGACCAGCUUAACAAACUCUGCAGGAGGCUCCAGAUAGGGAAGCUCUUGGGCGCCAAUCUAAGAGACCAAGCCUGACGUGCAUCAGAGUUUUCUCUCUAGUGACUUUUUUUUGCUAGCAAAGGGCGCCUCCGAAGGAGCGCAGCGGACAGGUUCCGACCAGCCAGGGAUAUUUCAGGAAAUCUGCGGCCCUAACCUCCGCCUUCCAGUAGUUGUGGGAUUGCCGCCCCACGGGGAGCCACCCAGCCCGAGGAUCAACCGAGCCCUGGCUCUCUGGAUUAGGAGAGGCUGUGCAGGCCGGCGUUCAGGCGGCGAGCUCACCCACUCACUCGGCCCAAUCCCUCGUCCUCCCGCCGGCGAAGAUGCCAGCCAAGCCCGAUGUCGGCUUAGCGCGCGAGGCUUCUUGGCAGAUCGUGGCCGGGGGUUCUGCCGGUCUUGUAGAAAUUUGCCUGAUGCACCCCCUCGAUGUGGUGAAAACCAGGUUCCAGAUUCAGAGAUGUGCCACAGAUCUGAACAGUUAUAAAAGCUUAGGUGACAGCUUUCGAGUGAUUUUCCGAACAGAAGGGUUGUUUGGUUUUUACAAGGGAAUCCUACCACCCAUCUUGGCUGAAACACCAAAAAGAGCAGUGAAGUUUUUCACCUUUGAACAGUACAAGAAAUUGCUGGGAUAUGUGUCACUGUCACCAGCAUGGACAUUUGCCAUUGCUGGAUUGGGAUCUGGACUAACAGAAGCCGUCGUAGUUAACCCUUUUGAGGUAGUAAAAGUUGGCCUGCAAGCCAAUCGGAACACAUUUGCAGAGCAACCGUCCACCAUGGCUUAUGCAAGACACAUCAUUAAGAAGGAAGGCCUGGGACUCCAGGGCCUCAACAAAGGAUUUACGGCAACUUUGGGACGUCACGGAGUUUUCAACAUGGUUUAUUUUGGCUUCUACCACAAUGUCAAAAACAUUAUUCCUGUCAAUAAGGAUCCAACCUUGGAGUUUUGGAGAAAAUUUGGGAUUGGUCUUCUCUCAGGGACAAUAGCCUCAGUCCUUAACAUCCCCUUUGAUGUUGCCAAAAGUCGGAUUCAAGGGCCUCAACCAAUUCCUGGAGAGAUCAAGUACAGAACUUGUUUUAAAACAAUGACAACAGUCUAUCAGGAAGAAGGGAUUUUAGCUUUGUACAAAGGCCUGCUUCCGAAGAUUAUGAGACUUGGACCAGGUAAUAAUGUUUUUAUUAUUUAUAAUCCUUCCUUCUUUAUUGCUAUAAUGUUUCCUUUUGUUGUUGUUGUUGCUAUUUGUAUCUAUCAGCAACACAAUAAAAAUGUACCACUUUAUGAAAGAUGGAAAUUUGAGGAUAUGAAGUUGUCUAUGAGUCUUCAAGAUACUGAAGGCAUCCAUUAGAAAAGUUCUACUUUUGUUUGCAAAGUAUUAUUUAUGUCCUUGCUGGAGGCUGAUAGAAGCCAAAGCCCAGCUUAAGUCAAUAGGAAAGGAUCCAAGCCAGCAGGAGUCUGAGUGAGCACCCAGAUGUACACAGCGGCCUCGGCCGAGGCAGAGGAUUUCCACCGAGGGAGGGACCAGCCCCAAAAAAUGUUUCCUUGUGCUUCCUAAUUCAUUCCUGCUCCUGCCUCAACUUUAUUUCAAAAAGAGGAAAGGAGGACAACUUAGUCCAUGAACAGCAAGGGCCACUGGUCUUCAGAGUCGCCCCUGGGAAUGGUGACGCUGCAGCUGGGUGCUCGCCUCUCCUGGCCUCUGUCAGUGUGACAGUGGAGGCUCCUGGCUCAGGGCCUCACCUCAGACGCCAGCCCACAAAUACCCACUGCCAUUCCCACAGGGAGUCAGCCGCCUCUGUGCAAAUAGAUAAGAAAAUACCUGCGCAGACUCCACUGCCAGGGCAGACAGUCUCAGAUCAGAAGCAGCCUCAUGAAUAAGUACAAAAGUAUGCUCAAGACCACACGUAUUUCUUUUUCACCAGGCCACACUCACCCACUUGACGUGCUGGUGAUCUUCCCUAGAAAUCCCCCUACAACCUUCUCCUGCCCUCCUCUCUCCCUUUGCCUUUCCUCCCUUUUAAACCAACGUCCUCCCCCCUCCACUGCACAAACCCGUGCAUGUUUACC